AAUGAAUGAUACAUUUUUUGAAUAGCUAAAAAUUGUCAUCAUGCAGUUUUGAAUUGAGACCAUAUGGUUUGUGGCUCUUCUAUAGCUUUUCUGUAAUUCAGCCACUAGGGUGCAAUAGAUCUGCAACUUAAAGGACUAAAGCCACAUGAGAACAUCGUACCGUCUACAGGUGCCAUAUAAUUCAGAGUCAUGUGUCGUAGUACAGCAAAAUCCUCUCGUGCACAAAUAAACGUCAUCACUAAAUAGGUUUCGGUGCUUUAGCUUUCAAAGCAGGAGCAGCAACGUCCUGUGAAAUGUAAACCUAAUCCUUAUUUAUUCUCCCCUUGGUUGUUUAUUUUCAAGUGAACCUCUGAAGUUCCUCUGGUGCUUCAUCAUCAGGGCAGAGCGCCACUAUUGGCAGCCUUUGUUGACAGUCUUAAAAGUCUAGCAGUCCACCGUCCAAGGCUCUUCAGUCUGUGAUUCGUCUUUCCUCUGGGAAACAAAUUAUUAAUAACAAAUCAUUGAAGCUCAGUUAAACAGAACUUACUAGAAUGUAAGUGCACCUCCCUUGUGUUCCCGCCACGCAGUACAGUUUUGCAAUCUAUGCAGUGAUCCAAGAAAAGUUGGAGUUUUUGGUCCUUGCUCAAAAAAAAAAAAAAAGAGUUGGAAUGCCUCCAAAGGAAUUGUUGCCGUGCGCUUGUACAUCUGCGCUUCAUCAGACUCGUGGCUGCAUUCCCACGGUGCCAGAUGACCGGGCUGUGGUGGACCUGCUGAAUCACAGCACACACACACACGGGGUGGAAAAAAUGUUUCAGCAAACCUAAUCUAUGUCCAACUCUCUGUUCCAUUAGUGGUAUUUUAUUCCUGCUAAUACUUUACCGUGCUUUCUGCGUCAGUGUCGGCAUUCUGUGCACAUGUUUUCAGACGAGCACAAGUACAAACGCAGGACACAACUGGAAUUGUUUCACUCGGGGGGCCCAUUAACGGGCAAAUAAUGCAAUACACAGACAUCAGUUAUGUGUUAUUCUAGAGGGAGGCUUUUUAGGGCUCCGCAUGAUCAGUGAGAAUGGAGGGAGAAGAGUGAGAUGGACUUUAGGGGGUAUGUGUUUCCAUUUGUACCUUGUGAGCCUGCUGGAAUACAGCAUUUCUUACUCUGUCUCCCGUCCCCCCUCCCCCAACUCUCUUCCUCCCUUUUUCUCCUUCUCUGAUGUCAUUGUUUCCUGCUCAGUAGAUGCUGCUGCUGCUCAGCUCAAGGCUGAGUGCACAGACCCUAAACGUAUUCUCUGAGUAGGUCGCCUGUUACGGAUUAUUAGAAGCAAGCAAAAGGCACGUCUGCUCCAUUAAUACCAAAGUGUAAACCGUUAGCUAAGCUAAUGUAAGGUCUGGGCUACUCAUCUGCUCUCUGUGAUCACGAAUGAUGUCUUUUCUGACACAAUCUGAUCAAGCUUCUCUGCAAAAGGUCCCUCUGACUAGUACUCAUCAACAUGUGAGUGACAUGAAGGGUCGCCGGUUCUUGUCUUACGUCCUGGUUCAAACAUUUUUGAGUUUAAGUUGAGUCAUUCUUGUCUAAAAUGGUGGAACGGUAUUCAUAUUGUGAAAACAGAAAGGUUCCUGGUCGUUCAAUGUAAGUGGCAGAAAGUCAAUAAUUAAAUGAAAAGUACUGCAACAUAAAUCCAAUGGAAAUAUGUGUGAUUUCUGAUUUUGAGUAUUUUAUAAAGAGGGAUCGUUUUGCAGAUAUCCCUGAAGCUCCCCAGUAUGUGUCUGUUUCCUCGCCAGUAGAAAAGGCCUCUGCGUGAACUCGCUGCAGUCUGAACGAUCUGCCGUAUUUAUUUCACGGACGUGGGCUGUGCAGCGUUCUGAUUGAACUGUUUACAUCAGGAAUUUCUCAAUGUUUAACCUCCUUUCAGGGGGGAAGAUAGAGCUAAAUUUUCAGUUAAAACCUUGAGCUGACCUUAUUGUAUUUUCUAGGAAUGACUGUAUGAACUGAGUUACAGUAACAUGAUGCCAUUUUCCUUGAAAAUAUUUUGCACUUCUAUAUUGCUUGAGUUUUAGUAAGGCUGGUCAGAAUUUUAGCAUUUAAAUCCAAAUUUUUAUCAUUUAUGUCUAAUGCGUUUAACUGGACCUACAUUUCAGGCCCUAAAUGGAUCUAUUCUACUCCUUGCUGAGAAUGAAUCACUCUGGUUUACCUAAGAAGACUGAAAUAGGUACCUUAACUAGACUGGUGGUCAAAUAAACACAGCAGGCAUUUCAAGGGCCUCACAUUCUCUCGGGGGGAUGGGGUGCGGAGGAUGCACCAAGAUCUUUUAAGGUUAUUAUUCCCUCAUAUGCUUCGACCAUUCUCGUGUAAUGUGUGUGUGCUCCUCCACCCUCGGCGAUCAAUACUUUUUCUUCCGGAUAGUGAAGGCGAAUUACACAACACCAUGAAAAUAGUUUAUGGCCUGUCCUGCCUGUUUUCAUUUACUUUCAAUUCCUCCCUCUGAUGAUUAGUGGUCUUUGGUUUUGUUAACACACACACAAUCCUUGUCUUCCCCCUUGUUGUCUCUUCCUCCUCCUCCUCCUCCUGUGGUGGAAUUGAAUGUCCUAGGAGUAGCUCCUCUCUCCUGCUGCCUUGCGCUGUCAUAACUCUGCAGAGCAAAAGCUCUCCGCCUGAGGAAUUGUACGGGAGAAAAAGGAGCUUCUUUCACAAACUCGGGAGGUGCGAGCCCUGUGGUCUCAGGCCCCGUCUGCCCGCCCUCGUCGUCCCCCCCCGUCUCCUGUCUGAGCCUUGCACCUGUUGUGACUCGUCAGCCAGGUGAAGAGGGAACCUCUGGUCUGGCGCUGUUUUGUCAGCUGACCGUAGCUGUAGGGCAAUUAGGGACCCGGUCUAUUCAUCUGUCUGGAUUGCUGCUUUUGCUCUGCGUCUCUCUAUCUGCGUGUGUGUGUGUCUCUCUCUCUGAAACCCACCUCCCUGCAUAUCCCCACCCCCCUCCCAGUCCAUCUCUCUCCACGUCUGGCCCAGUCUGAGCCUGGCUGACACUGUGGCUGCGAGUACGUGUGGAGCUGAAGAAAUUUCCGCGCAGGAGUGAAGGUGUGGAUCGCAUUGCAAAGGGGUAGGGGGCGGCCCAGGGGAGGAAAGUGUAAAAAGUACUUCUUCUGGCGCAGUUGGAUUUAGCAGUGGGGACGACUGGGAGAGAAAAGCAAAAAAGAACAAACCAAAGAAUUCUGCAGUUGGACGAGCAGAGCAGAGCAGGUAUGAAGAGCCAGACUGUUGUUGUGUCUGUGGCUCUGCUGGCUCUGUGCUGCCUGCAGAUCCCAAGAGGAGGGCACAGUGCUGGGGGGAUCGCUUCUCUGCAGCUGAGUGGAGGGGAGAAGCAGGCAGAGGAUCAGCGGUCCCUGGAUGACCCAGAGAGUGAGCAAGGACUCACAGGGGACCCACACCCACUGGGAAGCAGCAUCCAGGACAAGAGAGACACGGAGGAGGUCCCAGCGCUUGGCAGGGUGAGGAGAGCCCCAGAGGAAGGCAAAAAGAAGAAAGACAAGAAGAAGAACAAAGAGCCAAAGGCCCCCAAAGCCACCAAAAAGCCUAAAACUGACAAGAAGGGAAAGAAGAAGGACAAGCGGACCACCACAACUCUACCCCCAACCACGACAGUGAUCCCCACUGAACCACCAACUGAACCUGAACCUGAGCCCGACACAGACACAGACUACAACUAUCCUGAUGCUGACAAUGAUUACUGGAAACCCGACGACGACUACUGGGGUGCAGACCCCACAACACCCGGGCCCCGGCCCGAGGCCCGCACGGAUCCUCCGUACGACGACAGGAAGCCGGAGGAGGAACAACCAGCUGCCCCGGUGACAGACGCCUACAGUGACUACUGGAAACCGGAGGAGGGAGAGCCGUCUGCUCCGGCACCCGUCGCCUACGACGACUACUGGGCCCCUGAAGCCACUCCGGGCCCCGUCGCCUACGACGACUACUGGACACUUGAAGACAAAGAACCAAAUGCUCCUGUGACUGACAACUAUGACAGCUACUGGAAAGAGUCGGACCCGACGGCCGUCGCCCCCGAGGCUGAUGGGAAGGCCGGGGCAGAGGACACCGAUUACUGGGACGCCACGUUUAAGGAGCCGGAAGAGGUCAGCCCCGAAAUCAGAGUAGAAACUCUACCAGAGGAACCCACUGCUACUUCUCCGCAUGAGGGAACCUGGUAUGAUGAUUACGACGAAUAUGGAAUGAGGAGGAAAGAAGACGAGGCUGACGAUAAAUGGAUGGAAAAGGAGAGAGCGAGAGCAGAAAAGGAAAGAGCAAGGGAAGCUAAAGAGAGAGCGCAGAGGCUGAAGGAGGCGGAGGAGCGCGCCAGGAACAGACCACGUGUCUUCAAAGAGCCAAAGAAGUGUCCUCCCCUGGGGAUUGAGUCCCAUAAGGUUGAGCCGGACCAGUUCUCAGCCUCCUCCUCGUCGCAGUAUUAUUUUGCACCUCAGAGGGCGCGCCUCAACAUGCAGGGCUCGGAUGAUGAAGAAAACAUGAGAGGUGGAGCGUGGUGUGCAAACGCAGAGGACAGAAUCCACUGGUUUGAGAUUGAUGCUCGCAGGGAGACGGAGUUCACGGGAGUGAUAACACAAGGACGGAACUCUUUCAACGAGAGUGACUAUGUGGAGUCCUAUUUCCUGGCCUUCAGCAACGACAGCAGAGAAUGGACCACCAUCCACGAUGGGUACAGUGACUGGUUGUUCUUUGGAAACAGUGAUAAGGACACUCCAGUGAUGAACCAGCUGGCACAGCCUGUGCUGGCACGCUACAUGCGGAUCAUCCCUCAGAGCUGGAACGGCUCUCUGUGCAUGAGGCUGGAGGUCCUCGGCUGCCCCCUACCCGAUCCAGUGGAUGUUCACUACAGGCAAAACGAAGUCACUCCAGUUGAUUACCUGCAGUUCAAACAUCACAGCUACUCAGAGAUGGUUUCUUUCAUGAAGUCAGUGAAUUCGGAGUGUCCCAACAUCACCAACAUCUACAGCCUGGGCCUCAGCUCCAAGGGACUGGACAUCAUGGCCAUGGUCAUCUCUGGCAACCCCAUGGAGCACGAAAUAGGGGAGCCAGAGUUUCGCUUCACGGCCGGUCUCCACGGAAACGAGGCAACGGGUCGGGAGAUGGUCCUGCUUUUUAUGCAGUACCUGUGCAAAGAGUACAAGGACAGAAACCCCAGAGUACAGCGGCUGGUGGAGGGAAUACGCAUCCACCUGGUGCCAUCGCUCAACCCAGACGGACAGGUGGAAGCUUUUGAGGCGGGUUCAGAGCUGAGUGGAUGGACCACCGGACACUUCACAGAGGACGGCUUUGAUAUCUUCCAGAACUUCCCUGACCUGAAUAAUAUCCUGUGGGAUGCUGAAGAUAAGGGCAUGGUGCCAAAACUCACCCCAAACCACCACAUGCCCCUACCGGCGAACUUAGAGACCAACAGCUCGAUUGCUGUGGAAACUAAGGCCAUAAUCUCCUGGAUGAAAAGCCAUCCGUUUGUGUUAGGUGCAAACUUCCAGGGCGGGGAGGCAAUUGUAGCCUACCCUUAUGACAGCUUACGUCUCAACAAGCCUGACGAGAGCCAGAAACCCCACAGCCGCAAGAAGAGACAGUAUGAAGAAGAAGGAUAUGAUGUGACGGAGUGGGGAAGGGGCUACAACGAAGAGCCAGAGGAAGACUGGAGAGGAAGAGGAUAUGCAGAGCCGGAAGAAGAUAGAAGGGACCAGGGCCAAGAACGUGGCUACGACCAGAACCAAGGUUACGGACGCGGCUACGACCAGAACCACGGCUACGACCACGGCUACGACCAGAACCAAGGCUACAACCACGGCUACGACCAGAACCAAGGUUACGACCACGGCUACGACCAGAACCAAGGCUACAACCACGGCUACGACCAGAACCAAGGCUACGACCACAACCAAGGCUAUGGCCAUAGGGAGGAGGAAGAGGAUGAUAGAGGAAGAAGCGCGGGCUACCAGUACUCUGAGCCCGACGAUGAGCCUCGGGUGGUGGCAGACGAGUCCCUCUUCAGGUGGUUGGCUGUCUCUUACGCCUCCACACACCUGACCAUGACACGCAGCUUGUACGGCUCCUGCCACGGAGACGCCGCUGGAGGGACGCACGGCAUCGUCAACCGAGCCAAAUGGAAGCCAAUCACAGGCAGUAUGAAUGACUUCAGCUACCUGCACACCAACUGUUUUGAGUUGUCCAUAUUCCUUGGAUGCGAUAAGUUUCCCCAUCAGAGUGAGUUGGCGGUUGAGUGGGAGAAGAACAGAGAAGCAAUGAUCAUCUUCAUGGAGCAGGUGAAUCGUGGCAUCAGAGGCAUUGUAAAGGAUCAGCAGGGGAACCCCAUUGCAAAUGCCACUGUGUCUGUAGAUGGGAUAAACCACGACGUCACCACAGCAACAACAGGGGACUACUGGCGGCUGCUCAACCCGGGAGAGUACCGCGUGACUGUUCGAGCUGAAGGCUUCUCCCCUGUGACCAAAAUCUGUGUGGUGGGUUACCAGUCAGGAGCCACAGCCUGCAGCUUCAACCUGGCAAAGUCCAACUGGGACCGAAUUAAACAGAUCAUGGCCCUCAAUGGUAACAAGCCAAUUCGACUCAGCUAUGCCAACAACAGACAACAGAAACCUGCAAUUGCGAGCGGUAACAAGCGCGUGGUUGAUGGCGUCAAUGGGCACUCAGCGAAUUCACAAGUCAGCACCGAACGGCAGAGGAGGCUCAGAAUAGCUCGUAUCCGUCGCCUCCGGCAACAGCGAUUGCUGAAGUUAAGAUCAAUGACGACGUUACCCCCGACAACAACCACAAUUCCCACAACACCAGAGACCACCACAUCAUGGUACGACUCGUGGGUCACGGGGGAGGGACAGUCUUCGACGCCUGGCGGUUUCACGGACUCCAUCCUGGAUUAUAACUAUGAGUACAAAAUUGACGACUAUUAAUUUUAAAAACACAUACAGGCCAUUCAGUGAAGGGUAGUUUCCUUUGAGGUAGUUCUCAUUGCCGUGGUGACCUCGGAGCAGGCUGAUAAUGAUCAAAUGAGGAACCCUGUUUGUCUGACAUGCAAGCAAUGGCAAUGUAAAGCAUAUAAAUGACAUAGUUGUGUAAGGAUAGUGUAUCUAUUACCUAACAAAGUGUCUCUUCGCUGAAAUUGUCCCUGUUCAUUAUGCUGAUAUUUCCGGUUCAAGCUGCAAUUUUAUGACUUGUUAUUCAAUCGCUUUGCUUCAUGAAGUUUAUUGUGAAUGCACAUUAAAAGCUCUGACAGUUGUAUUCAUCACCAUGGUAGACAUAUUUUUUACAGUAUGAACAGUCACUGAAGGUUUAAAAAAACAUUUGUUCAAACUUGGUAACACAAUCAGAGGAGGGGUCGUGUUGCCUCACACUGCCGGAGUACAAUCAUUUUUCAAAUAAAGGCUUGUUAACACAC